AUGGACCCGGCGCUCGCGGAGCAGACGUGCCCGCCGGGGAGCGUGGCGAGCGUGGUGAGCGUGGCGAGGGCGUGCCUGCACAAGGACCCGUCCAAGCGCCCCAGCAUGGUGGACGUAGCCUACACGCUGUCCAAGGCGGACGAGCACUUCGCCGACUACUCCGGUGAGAGCGUGUCGGUUGACGGCAGCGGCGAAAUCGCUGCUCGGUGA